AUGCACACAGAAUGGACGUUUGAAUCGAACGGAACUCAGAACAAUUCGAGCGUUUCCUCGCUGACCUGCAAGUACCAUCACUACGAGUCUCGUCAAUGUUACAGUUCCGAUCAGGAUUUGAUCAAAAACAUUCACGUGUACCUUCAACUGACCACCUUGGAAUGGAUUAUCUCCGCCAUUUACCUCCUGGUGUUUGUCACAGGAGUGGGAGGCAAUUUCCUUGUAGGGUACGCCGUCUGGAGAAACAAGUACCUGAGGACCAUCACCAACUUCUUCCUCAGCAACUUGGCCGUAGCCGAUUUCCUCACCAUCCUCAUUUGUUUGCCUCCCAGCUUUGCCCAGACGAUCUUCGAGACUUGGUUUCUGGGCAAUGUCAUGUGUAAAAUCGUCAUUUAUCUCCAGGUGAGUGUGUGUGAAUGCAUAAACUGCACAUGCAACUUUCUACA